AUGGAGAUAGAGAACAGUGAGAUGAAGUCAAAGAAAAUGGAAGAGUAUGAAGUGAUAGAACAAAUUGGUAGAGGAGCGUUUGGUUCUGCUUUUCUCGUUCUUCAUAUGUCUGAGAAAAAGAGGUAUGUGCUGAAAAAGAUUCGUUUGGCCAAACAGGGAGAGAAAUUCAAACGUACAGCACACCAAGAGAUGAAUCUGAUUGCAAAACUGAAUAACCCAUAUAUUGUGGAUUACAAAGAUGCUUGGGUGGAGAAGGAGGACCAUGUUUGCAUUGUAACUGGCUAUUGUGAAGGAGGUGACAUGGCCGAGAGCAUUAAGAAAGCUCGAGGAUCGUUUUUUCCAGAGGAGAAGGUCUGCAAGUGGCUAACUCAACUUUUGAUAGCCGUAGAUUACUUGCAUUCUAACCGUGUAAUCCACCGGGAUCUUAAGUGUUCCAACAUAUUCCUCACCAAGGACAACAAUAUUCGGCUAGGUGAUUUUGGUCUUGCAAAGCGACUGAAUGGAGAAGACCUCACUUCCUCGGUCGUUGGAACUCCAAAUUACAUGUGUCCGGAACUCCUUGCGGACAUACCAUAUGGUUAUAAAUCUGACAUAUGGUCUCUCGGUUGCUGCAUGUUUGAGAUUGCUGCGCAUCAAUCAGCAUUUCGUGCUCCGGACAUGGCUGGACUUAUCAAUAAAAUAAACCGAUCCUCCAUUUCUCCACUGCCAAUUGUUUAUUCUUCCACUCUGAAACAAAUUAUCAAGAGCAUGCUGAGGAAAAAUCCAGAACAUAGACCAACAGCUGCGGAAUUGUUAAGGCAUCCACAUUUACAACCAUAUGUUCUUCGGUGUCAUAAUGCAUCAUCUAAUGUUCUUCCAGUGUAUCCCAUAGUUAACUCAAAGGAUAAAACAAAAAGAUCCUCCAAAGCUAGUGGCGGCAAGGGCCAUAACGACAGAGAAAUGGGAUUCGUAAAUCGUUUGGAACUUGUUCAUCCAAUUGAGGGAAAUGUCGAUGUACAUACAAGCUAUCGUCCUAACAAUUCCGAGGUAACAAUCUCAACGAGCACAGAAUACAACCCAGAGACCAAGAUUGAUCAUACGAUUACGGGCUACAUAGUUGAGUCUUCUUCUAGUAUUAGCAGCUCAAAAGAUGGAUCAACAACUUCCGAAUCAACAACUUGCAGCGUGUGCAAGGAGGACUACAAAACUAGACCGGAAAGGGAAAUAUCUAAUAAUGGAUUCUCCUCAAAAAGUAUACACGAUUCUCUGCAUGAAAAAGAACAAAGAUUUGCUGCAGCGACUACCGAAGUCGAAGGUACCUUCUCAAGUAAAGGUUUUGAUAAUGCCAAAGCACUGAGGGAAGAUGCCAAACUUGAUGACCUGAGAAAAUCAACUACUUGCAGUGUGAGCAAUAGCAGCACUGACAAAAAUAUUUGCAUUAACGAGGAAAGCUCAUCGCUUAUUAUGCAUCCUCUAAGGGUUGAACAAAACAGUACUGAAUCCAGAGAACACUCAGAGAAAAAUGAAAACCGUGAUUCUUUUACAGAAAAAGUCUUGCAUACGAACUGCUUGUCGUCAGAGAGCAACGAUCAUAGCGAUAUACUUUCCGUUAAGGAGGAUGGCGUCAAAAAACUACAAAUUAUUUGCUCCACACAGAAAGAAGAUGAUAAUGUAACAAUGAAUGGUGGUGAUGAGGGCGACAAAGCAAUCGACGAUGCAUUGUUGGAUGGUCCAUGCCAGGAAAGAGCCGAUGCAUUGGAAUCUCUGCUCGAGUUAUGUGCUCAGUUACUUAAACAAGAUAAACUCGAAGAACUUGCAGGUGUGCUAAGACCAUUUGGGAAAGAAGCUGUAUCAUCAAGAGAAACAGCAAUAUGGUUGACGAAGAGCCUCAUAUCUGCUCAAAUGUUUAACCCUGAAAACUGA